AUGUCUUCAACUCCACCAGCACCAAUAAAAGCAGCAUCGGAAGUUCGAGUUUCAAGGGUACCAAGUCAACUCCGUGAUUCAGUAUUCAACAAUGUACACACCACAGCACACAACAACGUGACACAUAAUGGUGCGGAUACUAGAGACGAGGGACGAGAGCAUGUCAAUCAAAAUCCUUCGCAAUAUUCCCAUAAUACGCAUCCAAGUGAACUGGAAAGAGGUGGUGAUGAUCUACAACGCAGACACAAUAUAUUAGGACGUGCGGAAUCCAAAAAACGUUCAUUAAAGAGAAAAAAAAGUUCAAAAGAACAAUCAACUGAAAAGAAGCGUAAAGAAUGGCCAACUUGUUGGAUAAUUUUUUGCUAUGCUGUGACAUUUUACGCCCCUCCUUUUAUUCUCAGUACAUGUGGUCGAAUGAAGAGACCGGAAGUUCAACGUGCAUGGCGAGAAAAGAUUGGUCUAAUCACCAUUAUUAUUUUAUUAUGUGCAUGUGUGGCAUUUCUAACUUUUGGUUUUACACAAGUGGUCUGUGGUGUUCCUCCAGUUCGUGUAAGAGGAGGUCGAGUUGAUAGUGCCAGUGCAAUAAUAAAUGGGUUUGCCUAUGAUCUAUCAAAAUAUCAACAUCCGGGUGUGCCUAAUUAUGAUCCACCAAUACCGCCAGAUGUGCUCCUUCCGUAUGCACCUAUAAAUGCUGGUGGACAAGACCUUUCAUUCUUAUUUCAAAAAGUAAAUCAAAAAUGCCAGGGAAUUAUCACGCUUAAACCAGGUGCAGAUGCACCAGUUCAAAACGGACAAGUUGGAUGGUAUUUCCCUUGUGUAAUGGUCAAUCAAGACGGAUCUACGCAACCAACCGGAAGUUGGGAUCCUCCUUAUCCCGGUGCGGGCUGUCAUACUAGUGCUCUGGCACGAUCCACAUAUUUCAGAAUGAAAAAAAGUGGAGAAAUAUUCUAUACAUGGGAUGAUAUUAAUAAUCCACAUCGAAAUCUGGCUGUGUAUAAUGGAUUUGUACUUGAUUUGGAUAGAUUAAAGUUUCUCGACUCUCAACAAGUUAAUGUUCCAAGAAUUUUCCAAAACUUGACCAAUCCAGCUAACAAUUUUCGUAAAAAAGAUGCUUCUUUGAUGUUUUUGAACACGGGAAACAAAAAAGUUGCUGAAUGUCUCACUGAUGUGAUAAAAAUCGGCUCUAUUGACACAAAAACUAUGGGUUGUAUCGCUUCCGACAUUGUUUUGUAUAUCUCACUCACUUUUAUCGUGGGUGUUGUGGUGAUAAAAUUCGUGUUAGCCGUCAUUUUUGGUUGGUGUUUAUCAUGGAGACUAGGCUCUUUCAAACCUGAAUCAUACGAGGAAAGAAUGAAACGUGCAGCCGAAAUUGAAUUAUGGUCCGAGGAUAUUAAUACGCCGGCAGCAUUGCCAAAUCGUAAAUCUCGUUAUUUUCCAAAGACAUCACGUUUUUCAAAUAAUUAUCCAAAUGGACGAGCUAGCACUUUAAUUCCAUCUUCAAGACCAGUGAGCAAUUUUGGAGCAUACAAUAAUGGUCGUCGCUCUCCUUUAUCAAAACCUACUGGCACUCCAAGUUCACUUCUUCAUCCCAAUGGAGGAACUACACCACGCAUAUCACCCAAUGGAUCACCGGGUACUAGUCCAACAUUAAGACCAAGUCGCUCAAGUUCCUCGGUACUAACACCAGUUAAUCCAAUAACCGAUCCUAACAAAAAUAAAAGUUCAAGUUCACUGACUGCUACUAGGGAAGAAUUUCCAAUAGCCAAUUCAUUAGCUACAGGGAGUAGAGAAUCUCUUGGAAAUUGUCCUUUCCCUAAUGCUAAUGUAGUACCACAACCAUCACCCGACUAUCAGCCUUGGGAUUUCCCACUAGCCCAUACUAUUUGUUUAGUCACAGCCUAUUCGGAAUCAGAACAAGGACUUCGAAGCACAUUAGAUUCCGUGGCCACAACAGACUAUCCAAAUUCUCAUAAAUUAAUUCUAGUAAUUGCUGAUGGUAUUAUAACUGGUGGUGGUAAUACACAAUCAACGCCUGAAAUUUUACUCUCUCUCAUGCAUGAAUUUGUGGUGCCACCUGAAGAAGUUGAACCUAAUUCCUAUGUCGCAAUUGCUGAUGGUACUAAACGUCAUAAUAUGGCAAAAGUAUACGCUGGUUUUUACAAGUAUGAUGAUAGCAUAGUUGAAGUUAGUAAGCAGCAGCGUGUUCCAAUGGUUGUGGUGGUUAAAUGUGGUACUCCAGAAGAACAAAAUUCCACAAAACCGGGUAAUCGAGGAAAACGAGAUUCCCAAAUUAUUUUAAUGAGUUUUCUACAAAAAGUCAUGUUUGAUGAACGGAUGACACCAUUUGAAUAUGAAUUUUUUAAUUCGAUAUGGCGAGUCACAGGUGUUACUCCUGACAAAUAUGAGAUCGUGUUGAUGGUGGACGCUGACACUAAAGUAUAUCCAGAUUCUCUUUCUCGUAUGGUCUCUUGUAUGACACGUGACUACGACAUUAUGGGUCUCUGUGGAGAAACUAAAAUUGCUAACAAGACUGAUAGCUUUUGGACAAUGAUUCAAGUUUUUGAAUAUUAUAUUUCACAUCAUCAAAGUAAGGCUUUUGAAUCUAUAUUUGGUGGUGUAACUUGUUUACCUGGAUGUUUCUGUAUGUAUCGGAUUAAAGCGCCGAAAAGAGACGGAUUCUGGGUACCAAUCUUAGCUGCUCACGAUAUCGUUGAGCAUUACUCUGAGAACAUUGUUGAUACCUUGCAUAAGAAAAAUCUUUACUUGCUGGGUGAAGAUCGUUUCUUAACAACUUUAAUGUUACGUACCUUUCCAAAAAGAAAAAUGAUAUUCGUUCCGCAAGCGGUUUGUAAAACUAUUGUUCCUGACUCAUUCAAGGUUUUACUUUCGCAGCGCCGUCGGUGGAUUAAUUCCACUGUACAUAAUUUAAUGGAACUAGUGUUAGUUAGAGAUCUGUGUGGGACAUUCUGCUUCUCCAUGCAAUUUGUCAUAUUCAUGGAACUGGUUGGUACAGUCGUACUUCCGGCUGCUAUCAGUUUCACUGUUUACCUCAUCGUAAUUUCCUUCUUCAUCAAACCCCCGCCAAUCAUCCCAUUAUUGCUUCUUGCUGCAAUUUUGGGUUUACCUGCUAUUUUAAUUCUCAUGACUAGCCGAAAAAUUGUUUACGUAGGAUGGAUGUUAAUAUACCUAUUCUCCUUGCCAAUUUGGAAUUUCCUCUUACCAGUUUACGCCUACUGGCAUUUUGACGAUUUCACGUGGGGCGCGACUCGCCAAGUCGAAGGUGACAAAGGAAAAGGUGACCAUUCGACGAAAGAAGGCGAGUUCGAUAGUUCCAAAAUUGUAAUGAAACGAUGGGUUGAAUUUGAACGGGAACGACGAUUCAAGGAAGCGAAAGCCAAAGGGCUACCACCGCCACAAUUCAUGGACACCGGUAUGCUACGUAAAAGUCAAUACAGCAUGGCAGAAUCUUAUGAAUCAAUGAAUACAAAUGAGAGUUCAAUGCCACUGACCAGUAGAUCUCGUGAUAACGUUUCUAAUACAGAACUGGAUUCGGAAGAAGUGUCCCCUACGGAUUUUCCAGAAGAAAUUCAAGAGAAAGAUCCGUUCACAUAUUUGAAGAGUACCGAUGAUACCGGAAAUAAACUUGAAGAUAAUUUUCUUAGUGAUACUAUACCCGUAGGUCUACAACAACAAGCACAACAAAGAAUUCGUCAAUCAGUUAUCAAUUCUCUACCUGCAUCACCAUCACCGACAAAUUCCUCUUCAAGCCGGCAAUCACGCCAUCGUCAGGAUGGUGGUGGAUCUCCUCGUUAUGGAUCUCCACGACGUGAUACAUACUAUGCACAACAAACGGCACGAGAAGCAGCCGCAAGGCAAAACAAUCGUGAUUCGAUACUUGAUCAGCCACCGCGUCCUCCAUUUGCUCAACAUGAUCGAUCUCAACGAGAAAGAAGAGGUUCACGCGAACAUUCGCGCUCUAGCUCAAUUGAAAUUCCUACGUCGGCUGGUCCACGGCAUCAUAGUAGUAACAGUAGUAUUGAUAAUUCAAUUAAUAAACAAUCCAAACGUCAUCAUGCACCCUUACAGUCUCAACAACAAUCAGAAGCCAGUACGUCAAUAUUAAUACCAGAAUUAUUAGAAGAGAAUACAAAUAACAUUCAUGAAGAAGAAGCUCCACCUAGUUAUGAAGAAGCACUUGCUACCAGCACAGCAUAUUCUUCAUUCACGAUUCCACCUCCUGACGGACCAAAUGCAAGUGCAAGAUACUAUUCCGUCCAAUAUAUUCCUAGUGAUUUAUAUUCUCACACACAACAUUCUUUUCUUGCGCCGGUUUUUGUGGCGCGAAAUUGGCUGGCAUUAAUUUAUUUGUUGCUUUGGGAUUUGUCGUAUGCUUGUUUUUGUUUUAGUUGGGUGAUUGGAACUCUUGUUACUGGUGUUGUGUUGUUGAUUAUCCCACCAGUUGGAUAUGUGCUUCUGUUAGGAAUGCUAGCUCGCGUAGAACUUUCAAUACUAAACUCAAUAACAGAUCGCGCCACAGAACGCGCAUAUCUUCCUUCAAUAACCCAUCGCCUUACAUCCCACACUUCACAAAAUGCCAUUACGCAUUUUUUCUUUCUACUUAGCGACGAAUUCACUUUACGCAGCAUUCUAUACUUCACCACAAUAAAAUUCGCGGUGUCAAUCACAUUUUUCACCAUGUCAAUUCUCAAUUUUGUGAUUGUUGACAUGCUUUUCAAGGAUCUUAUGUGUCAACAUCUAUCACCAAACAACGCCAUUAGGACAAAUUUUAUAAGAUCUAGUGAAAGAGCUCGCCAAUGGACAAAGGUUUGCGCAAAAUUGCUCUGGCAAUAG